AUUAUUAAGAAACUUGAAGGAAGCAAAAAGAAUGGAAUUGGAAAUAAAAGGGAGCUAUUGUGAAGCCUAGAAACGCAGAAGCGAAAAAUCGCUUAUGCCAAAGUUUUGUUUAUCGCGAUCAAUUAAGGCUAAUGUUGGACGUUUCAUUUAGUUAUCUUGGUUAUUCAAGAACAUUUCAAAGUUGCCAAUCUGAGUCACCAUUCCUGCUUCCAAGUAGUCUGCCACGUUUGCACAGAGUUGCCACGUGUCGUCCCUGGAGCAUCUCCAACACAAAAACUUCCCUAGAAGAAAAUAAUCGAUAUAUAUAACCCUUUUUUGUAAAGCAUACGUAUAUAACAAAAAAAAAAUGAGCCAAGAACAACCUCAAAGGCCUGAAACAGAGCAGCCCCUAAAAUACAGAGACUUUUUUAAUGUAAAAGGUGAGUUAGCUGAUCAACCAAUUGCACCACAAGAUGCAGCCAUGAUGCAAAGUGCUGAAUCCAUGGUAUUUGGGAAAAACCAAAAGGGUGGUCCUGCCUCUGUAAUGCAGACUGCUGCUGCCAAAAACGAAAGAAGUGGACAUGUUAGUCAUGAAGAUACCACUCAACUUGCUGGUGAUGAAGGUGUUACUGUCGCUGAAACCAAACUCCCCGGUAGACGUAUAAUUACCGAAUCAGUUGCCGGACAGGUAUUGGGGCGAUAUGUUGAGCCUCUUCCAGCAACAGCAGCAGCAACAACAGAGGGAGAUGUGGAGGAAGCGCCUAUAACAAUAGGAGAAGCUUUGGCAGCAACAGCCCUUACAGCAGGGGAGAAACCGGUGGAACAGAGCGAUGCAGCCGCAAUACAAGCGGCUGAAGCUAGAGCCACCGGCUCUAGUGUUGUAACCCCUGGAGGAUUAGCUGCCACAGCUCAAUCAGCAGCAUCGGCUAAUGAAGGAUUGACUCAAGAUGUUGAUAAAAUCAAAUUAAACGAUGUCUUAACUGGUGCGGCUGCAAAAUUACCGGCUGAUAAGGCAGCGACAAGGCAAGAUGCACAAGGGGUGAUGGAGGCGGAGCUUCGGAAUAAUCCAAGCCUGACAACAGCUUAUCCUGGUGGAGUAGCUGCAUCUGUGGCUGCAGCUGCAAGACUAAAUGAAAGAAGUUCAUAAUUAAGCUUGGCUCACAAUGUAUAUAAUAUUACUACUAAUAUUUUCCUCGUUAAUUAGCUUGUUCCUUUACUUGUUUUGG